AUGCUACGCUGUCUUCGGGCCCCAGUGCUCCUUCCCCUCCUUUCCGCCCUCAUCGCCUCCACCGUUCAAGCAAUUCCCAAAAUCACUCGUUCUGGAAGAUACCUCUACGACUCAUCUGGAAACCGGUUCUAUAUCAAGGGUAUUGCAUACCAGGAGCAAGGUGAAGUUGUUGCCUCUGACGACAAUCCUUUUGGAGAGCCAAGCAGUUUUAUCGACCCACUCGCCAUUGAUGCUGCUUGUGCGAGGGAUCUCCCCUUUCUCCAAGAACUCGGUGUCAAUACCAUCAGAGUAUACAGUGUCAACUCCUCACUAAACCAUGAUGCCUGCAUGAACGCCUUUAGUCAAGCUGGAAUCUAUGCAAUAAUUGAUCUUUCGACUCCUCUCAAUGGUUCUAUUGAUCGUGUCUCUCCAUCAUGGUCCACAAACAUCCUUGAUCAAUACACGCACACCAUUGAUGUCUUCUCAAAAUACGAUAAUGUGCUUGCAUACAACGUUGGCAACGAAGUUGUUAUUUCAAAUACGACCGCUGUUUCCCCUUACAUUAAGGCUGCCGCUCGUGAUAUCAAGGCUUAUUUGAAAUCCAAAGGCUCCUCUGCUCUAGUAGGAUAUGCAGCUAUAAACGGACAGUCGACUUGGAGGGGUGAUCUGGCUGAUUAUCUUUCGUGCGACCCCUCCAACAGCAAUUCAGAUUCAACAUCUAUUGAUAUAUAUGGGCUCAAUGACUAUGAAUGGUGCGGCGAUUCUAAUUUCCAAAGCUCGUAUGCAGCCACCACAAAUGCGUUCUCCGAUUACAACGUCGUUGCAUAUUUCAGCGAAUUCGGUUGCAUAAAAUCUCCUCCUCGUCUGUGGACUGAGACUGUCGCUCUAUUUGGUUCUGACAUGAAUACUGUAUGGUCUGGAGGAAUUGCCUUUUCUUAUUUCCCAGCCAGCAGCGCUGAUGGGCAAUUCGGGAUGGUCACCAUCUCAUCCGAUGCAAAAACCGUGACAACUAGCGACGACUUUGACCGACUGAAAACUGAGUACAACUCCAUCUCCUUCAUCAAUUCCCCGUCCCAGUCGUCUGCAGGAGCUUCGAGUUACCCUUCAUGUCCGGCUGCAGACUCAAAUUUUCUCGCCUCGACAACUAUCCCACCAACUCCAAAUGAAGCGGCAUGCAACUGCCUUGAGUCCGCUCUUAGCUGUCAAUUUACACCACUUACUAGUAACUAUACCGCAGUUGUUGGUGAACUUUUGGACUUUGGAUGUAGUCUUCUUGGACAAGUUGGUAGCAAUGCUUGCAAUGACAUAGGAGGAGAUGGUGCGAAAGGUGUUUAUGGUCGAAUCUCUGGCUGUGAUCCAACCAUAAAACUUUCAUAUGUUAUGAGUCAAUAUUAUGAAUCGCAACAACGUCAAGCAUCAUCUUGUCAAUUUGGUGGAAAUGGAACUGUCAACUCUCGGGUUUCGUCCAGUCUGACGGCGGAUUCGGCAGCCAGCUCAUGUAUCGCCAAUCCAUCGGCGGUCUUCACACCUUCCGCAGCGCCCACUAACAAUGCUCCUGCACCCAACGGUUCCUCUACUUCGGGAAAUAAUAAUACUAGCGGGGCUCUCUCCAUCAGCUAUGAUAGCCAGGCCUUGCUUGGAUUGGCUGCUAUGGGAAUCUUAUCUGUAAUUGGUGGAAUCUGGACCUUGCAAUGA